AACUCGUGCUCGUUAACAUUUCGAGUCGAGUCAAAUUUGAGUUGAGCUAUCUCGAGUCGAGUUUUGACCGAGCGUUGACCGAGUCGAGUAUGAGUUGCUCAGAAGUUGCUCAACUCAAUUAGCAUCCCUAGUGAUAACCAUAAUGGUUGUGGGCAACCAUUUUGUUUACUUUUAGGUUAUUUUUGAAAAAAAGAUUACCUAAUUGCGUGGGACAACUUGGUAAAACAAAAAAAAUGCAAGCUUGGAUGCAAUUAAAACCUGAAGAAAGAUCUCCGGCGACGGGAGGAUGCCGGAGUUGAAUAUUUUGAAGUGGUUCUUCUUCAAUUUUUUCUUGAUUCAUAUCUCACCCACUGCAUCAGCAAUCAGGAGGGAUGUAGGUCUUCAACUUCAUGCAUGCAGAAAUACAGUUCAAGGAAGAUAUUUAUUAGCGGAUGACAAUGGCUAUGUCUGUGAUGCUCUAUCAGUGGAUCCCGAGUCACGCUGUUGCCCCCAAAAAACAGGACAAUACUCUUGUCAAGGGUGCAACCUGAUUUCACAAUGCUGCAACUCGUAUGAAUUUUGUGUUUCAUGCUGCCUGAAUCCGUUGCAGACUCAAAAAGAACUGGCAGUAAAGGUGAAGAUAGCCAAGGCAGCAAAUGCAGGUACUUACAAUUCCGUUUUUGAUUUCUGUGCUGGGAGGUGCCGUCACAAUUCUGAGAGUGUGGUACACGAAAAUGCUUACUUGAGUGAUUUCCACCACUGCUUUUCUUUGCCAUCAAAUACCUCAGGAUCCUCUGAUACACUGAUGGAAUCAAGACUAGCUGGCAUUAGCAUUGUUGUUGGAAGGCAGGGUGAAUCAUGUAACUCUGUUUGCAAGUUGAGUGGGAAGUCGUGUGUUCCUAGCAGGCUUUUGGUGCUCAACCAAUGUGAAAUUAUGCAGAAAUACAUGAACUGCAAAGGAGGGUGUUUAGCAAGCAUGGGGCCAGAUCAGCCAGCAGAAGUUAGCGAUGGUGCACCUAAGCAAUUGUACCCGGGAGCAUGCUUAUACACAAAAUCACAGACGAUGUUCACUUGUGAUGGUUUGCAUCAGCAUACAAGAAGGCUUUGUCCCUGUGCCUAGUGAUGACUUGUUUAAUUCCAUGUUCUGGCCCGGAAUGGCUGGUGACAUUUGAUUUCCAUCAGUGGCUUAUUGAACCUGGGGCAUUAGGAGGGUUUUGCUUACUUAGUCUUGGUUAGCUGGUUUUAUCAUUUAUUCUUUGAUUAUCUGUGGAAUAUGUCGCUUCACAAAUUGGAUGCAUGCAAGUAACAUGGUUUGAGUUAUUUCACCGUUGUAGUUAGAGGCGGGUUUAGAAUUGUAUAUAACUCAAGAAAUUAGGCUGUGGAAAGAUUGCUACAUAAUUAUAAAGUGAUAUUCAAGGAUUUUCAGUUUUCA